AUAUAUUAACGAGAGCUUCACCAGACUGCCAACUAUGUUAUAGUUGAAAGAUUGUUCCUAAAACCCUCGAGAGUGUGUUCCUAACAAAUUAGUAUUUUUGACGCUAGUUUUUUUUUGUAACCGUGUACCAAUAAGUGCAAAAAAAUGGGAUGCAAUACCAGUUCCGAAGCCAAAACUGCCAAAGAAGAGAAGAAUAAUGCACAAGAAAACCAGACAAAUGCUGCCACAGAAGAGAAAGCCAAGGAGACCGAGACCAAGUCAGAAGAGCAGGCAGCGACUAAAAUCCAGGCGGCUUUCCGUGGUCAUCGGACGAGGAAGUCAAUGAGCAUGAAGACCAGCAAGCAACAGCAGCCGGAGCCGCAGCCCACUAAGGCUGAGCUGGAGGCCGAGUUCCGAGCUGAUGAUAAAGAGCUAUGCAAUGCUGCGACGAAGAUCCAGGCCUCGUUCCGAGGUCACCAGGCUCGCAAGGAGAAGGAGCAAGCCGUGAAGGAUCAGGAACAACAGGAUAAAGAAGACAUCGAAAAGAUUGACCUGUCCGAUCCUAACUUGAACAAGGCUGCGACCAAGAUACAGGCCUCUUUCCGCGGCCACAAAGUGCGUAAGGACGUCAAAUAAGGUGACCACGACGUCAAUACAGGGCGGGACUGUCCCUGACUUUGCAAACACGAUAUUAUAUAAAAAAGAAUACCUUCAGUAAAGUAACGCCCAUUUUAAACUGACAACAUAUGCGUCCGUUUUUUUUUAACAGCUGUAAAAAUUGAGAGUGGAAGUUCUUUGCAAAGAGUUGUUUUAAGAAAACUGACGUCUAUAUUGUCAAUGAAUUUGGGUUCUAGUCACAUAAAAAUAACUUUGAUUUAAGCAAUUUAUUUUUAUUCAUUACUAAGAUAAGAAUGAGUUAACUGGGUGGUUGGUAAAUACAUUGAUUCCGAUAGAUGGUUUGAUCGUCCAUCUAUCGAUUUGACAUCCAAAUGUAUUUAUCGAAUCGGUGUUUCAAAAGUGUGUAAUAUCGAAUAGUGUUAAGAGAGAUACAUCUCUAGUCGAGUAGUGAUGUGAAAUAUUUUUUUUUUGUAUGUAUUUUUUCUAACUUUUUUUUGUUAAAAUUCGUGUUUGCGAAGUCAUUGAUAUUUGAAAUGUUUACUAGUAAAGUAAAGAGUGUAAUUCGUGUAGAGUAUGUCAAUUCUCUACUGUAUGAUUGUCAAUUUUUGUCUCGUACUUAUUGUUGUUAAUAACCAAGGAAUUGUGUUGUUCUUUUGAAAA